ACAAGAUGGUAAAUACUAAAUUCUGCAUCUAAACUGCAAUUAAACAAUUGGUGAAAAUAUAUUUAAAUUAUGUUUAUAAAUUAUAAUCCACGAUGUCUCACGGUUGUCAAUAGUAUCAUACAAAUUGUGAUAAAAACAAACAUUAUUUUUGCUCGUUCCAUUCGACGUUUAUCAAACAGAAGAGGUUUUAAAAUGGAAUCUAAUCUGAGUGGCGACACUGCGCUGGUAGCUAAUGUAAUAAUUAGCUGUAUUAUUUAUACGUCGACUGUUUUUAUCGUAUCGCUUGUGAUUAAACUAUCGUUAAGGACGUGCCAAGAUAGAUUGACGUUCGUAAACCACACAGACGAUGCAAAAUAUCAUCUGACAUCGUUGUCAAUGGAAAUCGUUGAAAUCACCGAACAGUAUUGUUACACGAUGAACAUCGGAAUAAUACUGAAGUUGUAUACAUUAUCGGGGAAUAUGGCCGUGGUGAUAUUAUUAAAACUGAUUUGUAAUUAUUUGAUAAAAUUAACGACAAAUUCGUGUUCGUAUUACGUUUUUCGUACAAAUUUAGUGUUCGUAGUUUAUCACACCAGCCCGUUGGCAUUGUCUGUCAUAACUAAAUUGCGCAACUAUAUUAUUCAACUUAUACGUCAUAGUAGACGAGAAAAUACAACGAGACCUCCGGAUGGACAUAUUAUUACCAACAAUUGCAAAAAGACAUUGCGUCACAUUAUUAAACAAGACCUGUAUAAAGGUGUAAAUGUCUUAAGAAGUAUAGUGGCAUUAAUCGCAUCUAGUUACAUUAGCAACAGGUGCACUUUGAUGCUAUGGUCCGUAGACAUGCUGAAUACGAAGAGAUCGUACUUCAAGACCCGGUGCACUAGGAAUUUAAAACGUGCGGACACGCUGAACGCGGCAACCGGAGAAGCUGUCAUCACUUUCGCGUACUUGGCCAUGCAGUUGGGUUUGCGGAAGGCGUGCAAGUGUUUACGUGUGUCCAAAAAUCUAUUGACUUCGUUUAUACUGAUGUACAUAAAUAUGACUGCAUUCCGAUACACCGGUGUGCUGAUGAAUCCAACUUACGCGACGGCUUUGGCGUACGGUUGUCCCGGACAAAUAAAUAGAGAUCAUUUCAUUGUUUUUUGGAUCGGUCCGAUCGUCGGUGCUCUCGUCUUUAAAGACGUCGUCAAAAUAACACAAAUUAUGUUUAAUAUAAUGCUGUGGCUAUCGAUUGAGGACUUGCAUAACUUUGGGACGUUAAAAACCUUGCACGCUAUAGUCGAUGAAAACGAACAAAAGAAAAAACUACGAUUUGGGUUACGAAAAGACGAACGGGGACCAAGUAAUGACGAACAAUUUAUAGAAGAAUACGUAUCGUUGGAAAAAAAAAUACAAAAGUUCAAACAGGAAGAAGAAGAAAUUGAUGCGAUUAUCGAGAAGUGUACGGCCGACGGAGAACAUACAGCGAUACGAAGAGAAAUGGAAAAAAACUAUGUAAACAAAUGGGAAAAGGCUAGAGUAGAAAAUUUCAAAUUUCAAUUUAAAUCUGAAGAAUUAGAAUUACAGAAAUACAUGGUAGAGUUACAGGCUAAAAUUAAAACAGAUCAAAUUGUAGACAAAGAAAACGAACAAUAUUUAGAUUAUAGUAUAAAGGAAUUAGAAAAACAAAUUGAGUAUUGGGAAUGUAAAUACAAAACUGAUACUAAGGAAACUGACGAAAAACUAGAAAACCUUAUUAUAACACUAGAAGAAAAAACCAAAGAAAUAGAAAGUUUGAAAAAAACAUUUAACGAGAGGCAGACUAUUAUCGAAGAACAUGCCGAAAAUAAGCAAAGAGUAGAAGAAGAGAAAACACGUAUCGAUCACAUGGAAAAAAUGGCUACGAAAAUUCAAGCGUGGUGGAGAGGUACUAUGGUUAGACGUCGCUUAGGUCCAUAUAAACAUUUAUCGGGACCUAGAAAGAAGAGUAUUAAGAAACCGUUAAUAAAUAAAGGGAAAAAACCAAAAAGCAAAUAAUAUAUAUAUAUAUCUAUAUAUUUAAAAGUAAAAAAUAGUUAGAGGUAUACCUCCAAACAAUGAUUAAUUUAUCUACGAGUAUAUCGCAACAUCUACAUCCUAUAGAGCCGUAAAAAUAAUUAUUGGAUAUUGUAAGAUUUUUAAAAUGUAAUGUUACCUUGAAUUUCAAUAAGACAAAUCUUAAGCAAUACCCAACUAAAUUUGAAAAUAAUAUCAACAGGUUUUGAUAAUAAAAAAAAAAGAUUUAUAAACGAUAUUUUAAUUAUAUGGUCCAAAUACACGGAGGUAUUUUAUCCAACCUUGUAACCAAGGUUUUGAUAAUAAGACUAGAACUGUGACUAGUACUAACCAACUAACCUAUAGUUAUUAAAAUAUAAAAAUACAACACAUUUUCAGAUUGCAUGUGUUCUCCCCUCCCCCUCAUAAAAAAGUAAGAGUAAAAACAAAAAAUCUCUAAAAUCCAUAUUUGUUCAAAAACAACAGAUUUUCUUUAAAGUUUUUCAGGCUAAUUGCAAGUCUAUACAUAAUAAGUAUAUCAAAAAAUACAAUUGUGUGCAGUACAAAAUUAA